GGGGAGUAGGGGCAAAUGAGAAAGCGACGCGGUAGGGCGGCGCGAGCGCGGUGACUGUCCGCGCGCAUCAUGCGGCAGGCCGCAGCGGUUCUGAUAAUAGCCGCGUGCGCCGCUGUCUCCGCGCAAAUUGCUUGGACACCAAUAUUUCUCGACGGAAGUAGCCAAGUCGAUCUAUGGACGCAGUCAUCAUCAGGCUGCGCGUGUCCCGGAGGGGAGGGCGAAGAUUGUGCGUGUUGCGUGCGGGACGGUGCGUGCCCGUGCGGCGAUAUUGCGCCUGGUCGUUGCGCGCAAUGCGGGCUAGAACAAUAUUGUUCUAAUAUGUGCAACAUUACGAUUGAUUCGCGGGUACUCAAGAGUAAGUCAGGGAAAACUUUCGGGCAAAUUAAAUCUCCGUCUAUUGAGGGCCCCAGCGCGUGUUCUUACAUCCUGCAACCUGACGCAGGUCAGAGAGUGGAGAUACAACUGUAUCGACUCGUGUCUGUUGGAAGAUUUAAUGGUUCAAGUUGUGUAGGUGGAUGGCUGCAGCUGGGCGACGCAGGUGCAGUGCCGGACUCAGGAAGAGCUGCGCAGACAAGGCUCUGUGGUGCUAACGAAAGAUACACACCACCGGUCGUAUUAUUUGCUGAUCACGGAGCAUCGGUACUUGAUUUUAGGAUAACAGAAAAAACAGUACGAUCACAGUUCCUCGCGUUCUUCAGUUUUACUUCUCUGAGCAACACGCAAGGAGUGGGAUUUCAUCCAAGAGGAGGUUCUAGAAUUCCACAGACAGAUUGCGACUGGUUAUACCAAGAUGUCUCGUGUCGGGGCGUCGGCUCGUGUGUGUUGGCGAGUCCAGGGUAUCCGGGACUGUACCCUCCUCAUCGACGCUGUCGCUAUCUGUUUGCAACAAAUUCAGUGCACACACGAGUCAAGAUUAUUUUCUCCUCGAUACUGCUGCCUAGAAACCAUUGUGCUACGGACUAUUUAACGCUGCGGGCUGGCAGUUCGCCCUCUGCCCCGCUGCUCGCUUCGCUAUGCUCAGAGAGAAGUGCUGUACUGGAACAUCCCGGUCCUAAUCUUUUGUUGGAAUUUAACUCUGGACCUUUGGUACCUCCAUACGACUACAACGGCUUUAUAGCGAAAUUAGAAUUUCUGGAGAAAAUAGAUACUAGUGGACCUCCGCCCACUAUCGCCGCCGCCUCGCUGCCUCUAGCCGCUCUUACACACUUGACAAAUGGUGAUAACUCAGCUGUAGAAGUGGAUCCAGUAUCCAAUGAAAUAUCGUCUAACAAUGGAGGCCAUGUCGGUUGCGGUGCGACGGUACGAGGGUUUGGAGCGGGAGGUGUCCGUUCCGGACAUUUCGAUACGAGAGCGUCUGCGUGGCGUUCUCAAUGCGUUAUACAUUUGUUGGGAACAUCUACUGAUGUUGUUCAAGUGUCACUCUUCAAUUAUAAUUUAAGGUUACCAAGUUGUAGAUCUCAUAUUGAGAUCUUAGAAGGACUUCAUGAGAUCAGCGGAAGAGGGGAAAGGGGAGAUAGAUUUGAGAGAGGGGACAGGGCCAUGUUACGAAUAUGUGGUCCAUCUGUAAGAGAAGCAAGAGAUCCUUCCGGAAGAUUUUUAGUUCGCCAAGCGGUGACAUCAAAGGGUUCCAACUUAACGAUAUUUGUGAGAAGAGCGACAUCGCAAAGCGUUGACGAAGAGGAGUUUGUGGAUGGCGCGUUUGCUUUUCACGAUGAACAACACGAAGGAACUGUAUCACCAGAUGCGACCUGCGCAUCCACGCACUACGGAUUGGCCUCACCCACACAUGGGGGGGUGUCGGCUCCAUCACACCAUCAUAUAUUUUGGAAUAUCGAAGAGCAACUUAUGUGCACAAAUCGUUUUAUACCAGCUUCUAAUCAGAGUGUUACUAUAGAGAUACAAAGGCUUGAGCGCAUGUGGAGUGCUGAGCCGACGGGUAGUGUAGCGACGGGUAACGGCGGCUGCCGCACCGCUUGCGGAGACGCCGGCUGCGAGUGUCGUGCUGCCACGCCUCUGCACUACCACGACCAUAUAGCACUGGUAGCAGGGGACGGCACGCAUUUAUCCUGUUUAUGUGGAGACUUUCAGGCGGCCUGGCUGCCGGUCGUAGUCCGGAGUUGGACGAGUCUGCGGUUGGAGUACUCAGUGGCGCACUACACGUACGCUAGUCGAGGAUUUGAUUAUGCCGCCGCGUAUAGCUUUAACGAUGACGCGAUGUGCGGUCAACGCACGUAUACAACCCACUCUGGAGAAAUAACGUCCAAAAACGUGACAGUCACCGGCAGUUUGAAUGAAUUUUUCUAUCAACAAUGUACCUGGGUCUUGGACUCGAAUGUUGAACGUCAGCUCUACAUCGACAUAUCUUCCGAGCAGGAUAAGUCGUGUAGUUCGUGGAAUAUUACGCUCCACGAAUGGUCGGGUCCUCGCGCGCACGGCGACGGGCUCGCCGCAUCCGCCGGGGACUUACUCUACACUUUCUGUGCGCGGCACAAGAACCACACAUAUAUCCUGCCGUGGCGACUUAAUACUGUAGUUAUCAGGCUAGUGGCUCUGUCAAGACAACAACCUUUGUACACACUCCGCUGGCGCUCACAAGUGGUAAGGGCUAAUCGUCUCGGCCCCCCCACACCCGCGCCCGCCGCUGCCGCCAGCGCAUCGAAUGUCACGUACAGCGUGCUCCUUAUUGUGCUUACUCUGUGUUCAAGGUACGUGCAAAUGCGUUACGCACGCAUAACUAUAUAACACGUAUGUUGAUAUUGUGAAUGCGUUAGAGUGAGUGUAUAAAAGUGAUAUAUACAGUGUGAAUUUUUCGUGUAAUAUCGACUUUAAAUAUAUUAAUUUUUCAUUUGAAUGUGUAGACGAAACCUACGAAACUUUAAUGUGACUAUAUUUCUGUGUUGUGUUACUUAGAGAGAAGAAAUAAAUGUGUCUAUUAUGAUAGAGGGACGUGUAAAUAGUUUUUACAUGAUAUUGCAUUGUAAGGAACAAGUAACUAUUAUAAAUAAAUAAAUGCUAUGUAAAAAACAAUUAAAUGUUAAUAGUAAAAUGUAUGUUUUUUUAUAAGCACAUAAUACAUAAAUAUUUUAGACAUUAGACGUCACUUGUAUGCUAAACAAGAUAAGUGAAAUUUCAUAAUUUAGUUUAAUCUUAUAAAGAAAUGAAAUUAAUCGAUAUUAAAAUUAGUUUCAGCGAAAUCAAAAUUAAUAUUUAAUUCUUUUUUUAUAUUGCUAUCGAAAUCACGUCUGAGAAAUAUUCAACUGUCAUAUUGCUAUAGUUAUAUGUAAAUUGUACGAUAUUACCAAAUGUCAAUUAGAAUUAAUAUAAAAACUAAUUCCUAAUGCUCAUAUUACCUUAGAGAACGUAAUGCUCAUUUUCAACCACACCAUCAAUUGUUAUACUAAAAAGUAUGUUAUUUAAUUAAUAAAUAUUAAUUCUGAAAUCGGAAUAGUGUAC